AAAGCCACAGAAACGAAUGUGCACAGAUAGUUUAUGCUGCAGAGCCGUGAGCCACACAGAGCCGCUGCAGGAUUCAGCUAUGAGUCGCUAUCGCGCCCAAAUCAUCGGCGCUGCUGUGCUGGUGAUUCUGGCAAUAAUUGGGWUUUUUCUGGUGGUCCUCCCAGCAAAAGAGGUGACGRUGCCUGCAGAUAACAUGUAUGGGAUUGUACUGGAUGCCGGCUCCUCSCACACCUCCAUGUUCAUCUACAAAUGGCCAGCUGACAAGCAAAAUGGCACUGGUGUUGUUACCCAGCACAGUGAAUGUGAUGCAAAAGGUGGAGGGAUAUCCAGCUAUGCUGGGAAACCAGGUGAAGCUGCCAAGAGUUUGGAGGAGUGUAUGAAUCACGCCCUGAAGGAAAUUCCCAAAUCUAGACAACAUCAGACUCCACUGUGCCUGGGUGCCACAGCAGGGAUGAGGCUCCUCAAAGAGAUCAAUCGGACAGAGUCUGAGCAGGUCCUGAAAGAAGUAAGAGACAAACUGAGCUCCUACCCUUUCAAGUUUAAGGAGGCCAAAAUCCUGAGUGGGCAAGAAGAGGGCGCCUAUGGCUGGGUCACCGUCAACUACUUACUUGAAAACUUCAUUAAGUAUGGUUUUGUAGGACGUUGGCUGAAUCCAGGAAGAAACACAAUUGGAGCUUUGGAUUUAGGUGGAGCUUCCACUCAGAUUACAUUCGAGACUUCACAAAACUUGGAGAACCCAGAGAAUCAGAUGAAUCUGACCCUUUAUGGACAAGCCUACACUUUGUACACACACAGCUUCCUGUGCUACGGUCAAGACCAGUUCCUCAAGAGACUCUUGGCUCAUCUUAUCCAGACUCAAGGUGUGCUGGAUCAAGUAAUCAACCCCUGCUACCCACCAAAGUUUAAUAUUUCUAUAAAUCUUGGGAAAGAUGUCUUUGAUUCUGUUUGCACCAAAAAAUACAAACCAGCCAAUUUGGAUGCUCAGAGGAAUGUAACAGUGGUGGGCACAGGAAAUGAUCAGCAGUGUGUCAACAACAUAACGGAGAUCUUCACUUUUAGCAGCUGCAAUUACUCAAUGUGUUCCUUCGACGGAGUGUUUCAGCCCAGGGUGACGGGAAGCUUCAUGGCAUUCUCAGCUUUCUACCACACAAAGAAAUACAUCAAAGAUAUCACCAACAUAGCCCUCACAUCUCCCAGUCAUGCAGUGGAAGCAGCCAAGCUCAUCUGCAAUAUGACCAUCACUGAGGUACUGAUCUUCAACCAUGAACUACAGGCUGUUAAAAAGAAAAGUUACAUCUUAGGCUWCAACUAA